CGUUACCAACCAAGCAGGGGCACCUUCUUGGCACCCGAAGACGCAUGCUCCAAGAAAAAAUAACUGAAUAAUUGCCUUAACUUUAUGUUAUGCUAUGACGUUCCCACGGAUGCCGCUGGCCCGUAGUCUGUCAGUCACCUCGCUUUCAGGGCUUGAUGAGUGGGAUGAGGAGUUUGACCUUGAGGAUGCUGUGCUGUUUGAAAUAGCAUGGGAAGUGGCCAACAAAGUUGGGGGGAUUUACACUGUGAUCCAGACAAAAGCUCGUCUGACCUGUGAGGAAUGGGGGGAGAACUACUUCCUGGUGGGCCCCUACACGGAGUCCAACGUCAGAACUCAGGUUGAGCUCAUUGAGCCCAGUAACCCAGCUCUAAGGAGAACCAUAGACAAAAUGAACGCCAGUGGCUGUAAGGUAUAUUUUGGCCGUUGGCUGAUCGAGGGUAGUCCCUACGUGGUUCUGAUUGACGUGGGCUUCACAGCGUGGUCAUUGGACCGCUGGAAGAGCGAGCUGUGGGAGAACUGUGGCAUUGGUGUGCCGUGGUUCGACAGAGAGGCCAACGACGCUGUGCUCUUUGGUUUCCUGACAGCCUGGCUUCUUGGCGAGUAUGCAGCUCAAUGUGAGGAACCCCCACACAUAUUGGCACAUUUUCACGAGUGGUUAGCCGGCUUGGGGUUGAUGCUAUGUCGACAGAGACAGUUACCCGUGGCAACCAUCUUCACCACUCAUGCCACAUUACUGGGACGAUACCUCUGCGCCGGAAAUGUGGACUUCUACAACAACCUUGCUGAGUUUAAUGUGGAUAAGGAGGCUGGAGAUAGGCAGAUCUAUCACCGCUACUGUUUGGAGCGGGCGGCUGCACGGUGCGCCCAUGUUUUCACCACCGUCUCCCAGAUCACGGCCAUCGAAGCCGAGUUUCUGCUGAAAAGGAAGCCAGACAUUAUCACUCCUAAUGGACUGAAUGUGAAGAAGUUCUCAGCCAUGCAUGAGUUUCAGAACCUCCAUGCCCAGAGCAAGAACCGCAUUCAGGAGUUCAUCAGAGGUCACUUCUAUGGGCACCUGGACUUUAACCUGGACAAGUCUGUAUUCUUUUUCAUUGCUGGCCGCUAUGAGUUCUCUAACAAAGGGGCGGACAUCUUUCUAGAGGCUCUGGCCAGACUCAACUAUCUGCUGAGGGUAAACCACAGUGAUGUCACAGUUAUUGCCUUUUUCAUCAUGCCCGCAAGGACCAACAACUUUAACGUGGAGACACUCAAAGGCCAGGCAGUGCGGAAGCAGCUCUGGGAUACCGCACAGAGUGUUAAAGAGCGCUUUGGGAAAAAACUCUAUGAGUCACUGCUAGUUGGUCAGUUGCCAGAUGUGAGUAAAAUGUUGGACAAGGAAGACUUUACCAUGAUGAAGCGCGCCAUCUUCGCCACACAGCGCCAGUGUCAGCCCCCUAUCUGCACCCACAACAUGCUGGAGGACAGCAAUGACCCGAUCCUGACCUGCAUUCGCCGCAUCGGCCUCUUUAACAGCUCCUCCGACAGAGUAAAGGUGAUCUUCCAUCCAGAGUUCCUGUCCUCCACGUCUCCACUGCUGCCCAUGGACUAUGAGGAGUUUGUGAGGGGCUGCCAUCUUGGGGUGUUUCCCUCUUACUACGAGCCUUGGGGGUACACACCAGCUGAAUGCACUGUAAUGGGAAUUCCGUCUAUCUCCACAAAUCUGUCCGGAUUCGGCUGUUUCAUGGAGGAACACAUAGCAGACCCUUCUGCCUACGGUAUCUACAUUCUCGACAGACGAUACCGUGGGGUGGAUGAGUCCUGUAACCAGCUUACCACGUUCCUGUACCAGUUCUGCCAGCAAAGCCGCCGACAGAGGAUCAUCCAGAGAAACCGAACAGAACGCCUCAGUGACCUGCUGGACUGGAGAUACCUCGGCAGGUACUACAUCGCUGCUCGUCACAUGGCUCUGGCUAAAGCCUUCCCAGAUACCUACGUCUACGAGGCUCAUGAUCCAACAUCUACAUCGGGCUUCAGGUACCCGCGUCCAGCCUCCGUGCCGCCCUCGCCUGCCCACUCACUCCACUCCUCUCCCCACCACAGUGAGGCUGAGGACAACGAAGAAGAGGAUGAGCGUUACGAUGAAGACUUGGAGGCUGAGAAAGACAAACUCAACAUCCGCCAGCCUUUCACCCUUCCCCACAAAUUGUAUGCAACCAAUAAUUCCACCUCUCAAAAGAAUUAACUUGCCGAUUCAUACAUAGACAAGACCAGUCACACAGCCAUUCGCCCAUUCACCUUACAUGUUCAUAAGCCACUCCAGAAAAGGCACACAUACAUACACAUGCUCAGAGCAUUUUACCAGCGAUCUCUCUCUCUCUCACACACACACACACACACACACACACA